CCCAAACCCGUCUUCUUCCUCCGCAAUAGAGACCUCUGCCCUAGUCCCAUACUCUCACCGGGAAAUCCUUACCGGAAAAACACCUCCAAGCGGCAACCAACUUACAUAUAAAGCUUCUCCAUCGUCCCUCGUCACUGUUUACUAGUUGAAGUCCAUCAGUGUUACGCAAAAUGGAGGAUAAAAUAACAAAAGAUUCUGAAUCGAUCAACACAAAUCGGAGGGGUAACAGUAGCCAGAAGAGGGAAAGGGGCUUGCAGAUUGAAGGAUACUCUCUAGAAGGGAUAUCAAUAGCAGGUCAUGAGACGUGCAUAAUAGUUCCCUCGCUUAACUUAGCCUUUGAUAUUGGCAAGUGUCCUCAGCGUGCCAUCUCCCAACAGUUCCUUUUCAUCUCUCAUGGCCACAUGGACCACAUAGGAGGACUGCCUAUGUAUGUUGCGACUCGUUCCCUUUACAGAAUGAGGCCUCCUACUAUUAUUGUACCAAAAGUAAUCAAAGAAAGUGUUGAGAAGCUUUUUGAAGCUCACCGAGCUAUGGAUCACUCAGAACUGAACCAUACUUUGAUUGGGUUGCAUGUGGGAGAAGAAUUCUACUUGAGGAAGGAUCUUAAAGUUAGAGCAUUUAAGACUUAUCAUGUCAUUCCUAGCCAGGGUUAUAUAGUAUAUUCAAUCAAGCAGAAGCUUAAGCAAGAAUAUGUUGGCCUUCCAGGAGAUGAGAUUAAGAAGUUAAAGUUAUCAGGUGUGGAGAUCACGAACACUUCAACAGCACCUGAAAUUGCAUUUACAGGAGAUACAAUGUCAGACUUCAUUAAGGAUCCCAAAAAUGUUGAUGUUUUGAGGGCAAAAAUCCUCAUAAUGGAGAGCACUUAUGUGGAGGACAAAACGACAGCAGAUAAUGCAAGAGAAUAUGGACAUACUCAUCUGUCUGAGAUUAUCAAUUUCGCAGACAUGUUUCAGAACAAAGCCAUCCUUUUAAUCCACUUUUCGGCCCGCUAUCAGUUGGAUGUUAUUCAGGAGGCUAUUUCUGCAAUACCUCCGCCAUUGGCAGGCAGAGUUUUUGCGCUUACAGCAGGCUUUUGAUGCAACGCCAAAUCCACGUAUCUGGUUUUUUGGACAUUUCCUUUUCCUUUCCCCUCCCCUAUGAUUUGGCUGAUUGCACAAAGAGCAGUAAUGAUGAAGAAAUUUUUUGCUAUGGAAGUCAGCUUGUAAUAGUUUAAAUCUGGAUUUUUGGGGGAAAAUCUGAUUUGUAUUUAUCGACUAACGUCAGCAGUCAGCAGAUAUUAUUUUAUG